GUAAGUACACCAACAUACCCUGUCCCAGUACACAUACAGACAUGCACUCAUACACAACACGUAUGGAGGCACGUCCUUAAAUGACCUUAGCUAUUCACAGGACGUUAAACACUGUACAACCAACCAACAUUAUCAUUUUGAGCGACUCACCCCCGUUAUUCCUUCACAAUUAUCCUUAUAUUUGUUAACAUAAAGAAAGAUUUUGUGAGAUUGAAAAAAAUAAAAACAAAAACAAAAAUAAAAAAAAUACAACCUUGGGUAAGAAAGCAUGCCCUAAAAUAUAAAUUGUUGUAUAUUAGUAUAAAAAUGUUCGAAGUCAAAAACUUAAUUGCGAAAUGUUCAGCGAUUGUUAUUCUAUAUAAAAGAUAAUAUCUGAACGGCAAGCAAAUCGAAUUUAAACCAUACAUAUUACGUGAAAUGGUACCGUACACUAGCCUAUACUACAACAUGUACUUACUUAGGACUGUCUGUUAAAUUUAUCUCUCACUUUUGUACAAAUGCCAGUUUAUCUGACAUUUAUGGUGGGAGGAAAACAAUCGUAUCACAUACUGCCUGAUUAAACAGAAAGUAGGCGAUGACGGUUUAACGCCACUGUGUGGGCCAGUGUACAACGAUAUAUCGAUCAAAAUGUGUGACUCGAUUUUACAUUAUUUUGUUUAUUCUCUCUAUUUUUUCUCAACUAUUACCACAAUUAACCUGAAUGGAAAUAAAUCACUUAAUGCUUCCAAAUCUUGGUUGCAUUGUUUACAAUUUGUCGAAUGGCUUGUUUUUCUCUAUUUAUUCACAUAUCUUCACUCAACAAAUGACGUGCUAAGUGAUUACUCGAGUACACCUCCCAGGUAGUGAAGUCGUCAUUGGUUGGCAAAAGUUUCUUUAUUCACAUUCGACAUAUGCAAUUAUGUUCCCUGUUUGUCGUGUUUGGCGUUCUCAGAUUUAUUUUGGUAAGUGUUUGUAAUUUACACCUGAAAUUAAUAUAACAAUAUCUCGAGUGAAAUAUGAAUUUGUAAGUUAAUCUAUGUUACACACAUAAAUUAUUUUUAUAAAUGAAAACCUGAUGAUUUUCGUUCCAUUACCCUACAACUGAUAUGUUUGUUUACUUGUUCAUUUCGUUGCUGAAUGUCCGGGUAUAGUGAUUUGAUUUUGUUCUGUAUCGCUCUCUAUUACCAUUUUUCUCUUCUCAAUAUUUCAGACGUAUCUGUCGGAUCAUUUAUGUAACUAAGUGGUUAAACUUCCUGGUUGCCCCUAACACCGGGAUGCCUAUCUCCAGUGGUGCCCUGGGGUGGCCCCGGAGUCAUUGGGCCCCACCCCCACGCCCAGCGUUCUCCAAGAAGAAGGUAUAUCCCCACGCUGUAGACUGGGCUAGACAAAGGGCAGAGGAACUAAGACAGAGGAGGCAGGGCCGGGCUCGUAAACGGGACAAGACUCGAAAAAAAAUGAUGUCCCAACGAGACCGACGGAAACUGAAGAAGAGAUUUAUCAUUGCCAUUAUCAUCAUUGUCGUCUUGCUCCUACUCGGAGCUGCUGGUUUCCUCGUCUGGUGGUUUAUCUUCAAAGAUAAUCCAAACUGCAGCCUCCGAUGACUAAACUUACGACGUUUCAGGAAGACUUCGUUAUCUGGAUCUAUAAAAAAUAAAGAUUGUGACAAGAGCUGAGAUCAAUUAGAAUUUCUGAUCCAAACAAAACGUUUGUAAAUAUUAUUUCUCGUGUCCAGAAAUGACUUCACAGCGACGGGAUAUUUGCAGUUGUUAGAAUUCAUUAUGUCUAAGUUACCAUGCGAUCAGAAAAACAUAAUGUUUCGUAAGAACAUUUUUAGCAUAUAAUAGCUCAAAUUGUUCAAGUCAAAAUGAAUCGUACCGUACCCCAAUGGUUGUACAAUAGAAAUUCAAUUUGAUUAACUGAAAUAAAUUACACAUACGACGUUAAACACUUAGGUGAAAUAACUUCUUUGCAUUCUACGUAAUCCAUGAGAAAAAGAGUUAUGAUUAUAUGAGCGUAGUUCAUGGAUUUACGUAUCCUGCUUCUGUUUUCCCGCAUUCCUCCGAUUCCGUCUACAUGUUAUCACAUUGUUCAUUUUCAUACAGUCUUGGAGUUUUAGAUGUAAUGUAUGUCACAUUGUAGAUACAUUGUACUUUGUAAUGUAAUUAUCGUCUCUGAAUACAUUGCGAUAAUGUUGUCCAUACUAAUUCAUUUGUCGCUGUAGGUUGUAUUCCUUGAAUAAAACUCUAAAG